ACCAAAGGCAAAUUAAACUAUCAAUUUUGGUCCGAUCGGAUCAAAACGGCAACGCUGAUUUUAAUAUAAUCCAACGAAUAAAAUUGCAAUUAACCUCUGCAGCUGAAAUGGGUAAACAAUUUAGUAGAAGAAAGCACCGAAAAAUAUUUUUAGUUCUGUUAUGAUAACUGACAACGAAUUUAUUUUGGCGAUUAAGUUAUAUCCCGAGCUUUAUCAGAUUUAUAAAGAUGGUGGAAUUGAUGCUGAAGCUAAGAAUAAAGAGCUGUGGUCGCAAUUUGCCCGAGACAAUCAAUACAAAAACGGUGCUACAGCAGAGCUAAAAUGGCGCCAAAUAAUUUCAAAAUAUGUAUCUUUUCUGAUGUACGGCACUCCAUUCCCUUUUGAACGGGAAAUGCAAUUUAUGCAGAUGCCACUGCUUGGUGUUGGACUAGAAGAUACACAAUUUGACUCCGAUAUUGACGAGACAGAAUUAAGACAAGUUCUAAAUCUUUUUGAGGAGUUUCCAACUGAUGUUAAAAAACAACAUAUGACUUCUGCAAUAGACAGAGAAACCUCAAAGAAGCUUGCCCAAACCAAAAUGCAAGGAAAUAAAUUAACCAGUAAACAAAACGGAUUGAACACGGCUAAGACGGAAAAUGUAUCAACGGCUAUUACAGCAACCACUCAUGCAAAGGCAGUUACUAAGUCCAGUGAAGACGGAGGCGCUUCCGGGGGUUUCUCAAACCUGACUUCACUGGAACUUAUUUUUCUCGGUUAUGCUAAAGUAUUGCAACGAAUGCCAUUACGUUUGCAGCUACAGACUAAACGGAAAAUCGCUGAUAUUAUGGAUGAGGCAGAAUUGAAAUUGUUUGAAGGAAACUGAAAUGAUGCAAAAAAUAAAGUUUUAGUUUGAAAAUGA